UGUGGUGGCUCCCGCGACCAGCUCCUUGAACGUGAACAGUUUAGCUGAAGAGUGCUUUUCUAAAUACCCCAACAAUCUCACCGACUUCUGGAGGAGUUGGUCCUCGGUUGGAUAAGGUUUUCCUGCUCCGUGUGUUGGACCAAAAUCUCUAACUAUACUAGCAAUGGAUACUUGGCUUGGCUUCUGCCCAGGCUUGCACUUAACUCUGUGUACCUGGUUUCUGAUCUCCGCUCAUACCCAGCUAAAUGCCAAGGCGGAGAUAACUUGCGCAUCGUGCCAGUCGCCGGUCCAGCUACACCUGAAGGAAUUACAGCUGGAUAUCGGUACGCACGCAGCUGAUGGUACUAGGCAGGCGGCCAAAGCUCUGGAACAGGUCCGGCUGGAGCGCCAGCUUCUCGGAGUUACUGACCAAAAUACUGGAGUACCAAGCGACACCCAACAGGCAGGUGUUGUGAAUGAGCCGAGAUUCAAUGACGAUGGAAUUACCCCAAAAGUCGCUCUGGAAGAUUUAACUGGGUCUAGUGAAAACGAAGAAAUGUACCGUGGGGAAUAUAAUAUUGGGGUGAAUGAUUUGGGUAAAGUCAAGGAUGGUGCUGAGGAUGUUGCGUUACGGAGAGCGAAGCGAAGCGGUCCCGAAACUCCCGAGUUUAGGGAGAGCCUUAUGACCGGUGGCCCCGGUUUAGAGGGAGAGACAUCGGAUGAGAGAAGGAGUCCUGGUCCGUUACUGGACGGACACAGACUGGGCCGAUCUGAAUUCAAGUGGAACAGGGACGAGGGUCGAGGGACUUCCAGAGGAGAUGAACCCAAACUAAGCAGCACUACUUUCGCGUUGACCGGGGACUCAGCGCAUAACCACGCAGUGGUUUACUGGUCGGGGCAAAACAGCAGCGUGAUCCUGAUUCUGACCAAACUCUACGACUUUCACCUGGGGAGUGUUACAGAGAGCACCUUGUGGAGAUCAACAGACUAUGGAUCCACCUAUGAGAGGAUGAAUGACAAAGUGGGAUCUAAGACUGUGCUGAGUUACCUGUAUGUCUGUCCAUCCAACAAGAGAAAGAUAAUGGUGCUGACAGACCCGGAGUUUGAGAGCAGUGUGCUCAUCAGCUCGGAUGAAGGAGCGAGCUAUCAGAAAUACCGCCUCAGCUUCUACAUUCUAAGCCUUCUGUUCCAUCCAACACAGGAGGACUGGGCUCUAGCCUACAGCCACGACCAGAAGUUGUACGCAUCGCUGGACUUCGGGAGAAAAUGGCAACUGGUUCAUGAGCAUGUGAACAGGUUCUACUGGUCUGUAACGGGUCUAGACAAGGAGUCAGAUCUGGUUCACAUGGAGGCACACACCCCCAAUGGACGUAUACAGUAUGUAACAUGCCGGGCUCUAACAUGCUCAGAGCCCAACAGAAACUACCCCUUCCCUGGAUACAUCGACAUCAGCUCACUGGUGGUCCAAGAUGACUAUAUGUUUAUUCAGGUUACUACAGCAGGACAGGCCAGCUACUUUGUGUCCUACCAGAGGGAUCCAUUCCUCAAAAUCAAACUGCCCAAAUAUUCUCUGCCUAAGGACCUCCACAUCGUCAGCACAGACGAGCACCAGGUCUUUGCGGCAGUGCAGGAGUGGAACCAGAACGACACGUACAACCUGUACCUCUCCGACACCCAGGGCAUCCUCUUCACCCUGGCCAUGGAGAACGUCAAGACCACCCGCGGCCUGGGGGGAAACCAGAUGCUGGACCUGUAUGAGGUAGCAGGUAUUAAAGGCAUGCUGAUCGCAAACAGGAGGCUAGACAACCAGGUGAAGUCCUACAUCACCUACAACAAGGGCCGUGAUUGGAGGUUACUGCAGGCCCCGGCGACAGACCUGGCUGGCAACGACAUCCACUGUAUACUGCCCUUCUGUUCGCUCCAUCUCCAACUGCAGACGUCUGAAAACCCCUACCUGUCAGGCAGCAUAUCAUCCAAGGCUUCAGCACCGGGAAUCAUAGUGGCCACAGGGAAUAUUGGGUCUGAGCUUUCGUACAAUAACGUUGGAAUGUUCAUCUCAUCUGAUGCUGGUAACAACUGGAGACAUAUAUUUGAGGAGGAACACAAUGUCUGGUUUCUGGAUAAAGGAGGGGCCCUUGUCGCUGUGAAACAACCAACCGUCCCCACUAGGCAUUUACAAAUCAGUUUUGAUGAAGGGCGUCAGUGGACCAGACACAGCUUCUCCUUGGUGCCUCUGUUCGUGGACGGGAUGCUGGUGGAGGCAGGGACAGAGAACCAGAUCAUGACGUUUUUUGGACAUUUCAGCCAUAGGUCUGAGUGGCAGCUUAUCAAGAUAGACUACAAGUCCAUCUUCAACAGGAAAUGUACAGAAGGAGACUAUCAGACGUGGCACCUUCACAACAAGGGCGAGCCGUGUGUGAUGGGCCAGAAACAGAUCUAUAUGAAACGCAGACCAGGAAAUUAUUGCAUGCUGGGAAAAGACUACGCCAAAGUCCUCUCUGCUGAAUCGUGUAUCUGUCGGGCCCAUGACUUUGAAUGUGAUUAUGGUUAUGAACGGCGUAGAGAAGGGAACUGUCUACCAGCGUUCUGGUUCAACCCAGCUGUUGUAUCAAGGAGCUGCAGCCAAGGACAGAAGUACCUCAACAGCACAGGGUACCGAAAAGUGGUGUCCAACAACUGCGUCAAGGGAAUCAAGGACAUGUACACACCCAGGAAGCAGACGUGUCCCAACAGGGCUCCAAAAGGCCUUUCUCUCUCCACCAGAGAGGGCAAGCUUACUGCCAACCUUCACACCAACGUCACCUUCCUAGUGCAUCUGGAUGAGGGGGACUCAAUGAGAACCAACAUCCAACUGGAUUUCGGAGAUGGCACGGCAGUCUCCUACUCCAACCUGAGCUGGAUCGAAGAGGGUAUCAGGCACGUUUACAAGUCGGCUGGGAUAUUCCGUGUCUCGGCCUUGGCGGAGAACACCCUGGGAUUUGAUUCCACCACCUUGUAUCUCCAUGUUACGUGUCCUGUGGAACAUGUCCAGUUGCUGGCUCCAUUUGUGGCCAUCAAGAACAAGGAAGUAAACCUAACAGCAAUGGUGUGGCCCAUCCACUCCAGGACCGUGACAUACUUCUGGUGGCUGGGGAACAACACUGAGCCGGUGAUCAGUUUAGACGGGAGCAUCUCGUACACCUUCACCAGCGAGGGAAUGAACACGGUUACGGUCCAAGUGUCUUCAGCCAACGCCAUACUGCAAGACACCAAGACGAUAGCAGUCCAAGAGUUCUUCAAAUCUCUGCUUUUAUCUUUCUCCCCUAAUCUGGACGAGUACAACCCUGAUGUCCCCGAGUGGAGACAGGAUGUGGGGAGAGUCAUUAAGAAGGCUCUGCUCCAAGUGUCAGACUUUCCAGAGGAUCAGCUGUUGGUUGCAGUGUUUCCAGGUGUGCCAACGGCCGCUGAGCUCUUCCUGUUACCACACAAGAACCAAUCAGAGGGCAGGAAAAAGAGCGAGGAGGAGCUAGAGCAGAUCUCUGAGAUACUUGCUAGCGCUCUGAACCAGAAUCUGGUGGAGUUUGAGCUAAAGCCAGGAGCAAGAGUAAUUGUUUACAUCACACAGCUAACUUUGGCACCCUUGGUGGAUUCCAUGCCGAGACACAGCAGUUCAGCCAUGCUGAUGCUCCUAUCAGUAGUAUUCCUGGGUUUAGCAGUGUUUCUCAUCUACAAAUUCAAGAGAAAAAUACCCUGGAUUAACAUAUACGCAGAGGUAAACCAGGAGAAAGAGCAGGAGAUGAUCGGUUCGGUCAGCCAAAGCGACAGCACGCCUAAGAUCACCCUCAGUGAGUUCUCUACGGCCAAAGAAGUCAUGGAGAAGGAGAUGGACGCCAGGGUUAAACGGCGAAUUGGACAUGCCUGCGAGAGCACAAGGGAGAUUCCUAACUGUACUAGCGUGUAAAGCCAGGGAAGGAAUGCAACACGUGUACAGACAAAGUAUUGCCAUUUUAAGGGUUCUCUCUUUUUUGUUUUCUUUUGUAAUUUCUCAAACACAACACCAAUGUUAAUAGUUUUCUAAGGGCCUGAUUUAUACUGAUGUGCAUGGGUGUCUUGCUUGAUAGCAUCUAUGCGGCGAAUCUGAAAUCUACUCAACGAGACAAGUUUCAAUUACAAGUAUGAGCUACUUAGGCCUACUGUUACGCAAUUUGGAUUAAAAAGAAACGUUACAUUUUCAGUCCAUAAUUGUCUUAUUUCAUGGACUUUUAUCAAAGCCUUUAUCAAAACCUACGAAGAGAGUUAUGUACAUUUCUUAAUGUUUUACUUUUCAUGUGGUAUAAGAGUUUUUGUCUGUAUGGGCCAUUAUGUCUAGGUCUCCGAUCUAACAGGGAAUAUUAAUGAAAAUGUACCAUAUUAUCUUUAGAUAUCAGUUAUCAAUUUGUAUAUACUAUAUGUAUGUUUACUUUUCACACGCUUGUAGUAAAAGUACAAUGCCAAACACAGGAGAUCUAGUCAUGGCCUGUCAUCAGUUCUUAAAAGUGUGUUAAAAAGCAAGAUGUUACUUAUAGGAAGAGAUCAACUUUUUUUUAAUGAGGUCCUUGACUUGUGCAUGUUAUUAUUAAGGACAAGAUGUAUGUGUUGUAGAUAAGCAAGUUUUGUAAAUAGUUAUUUUCUAUUCAUUAAAAGAGCUCAGUCACUUUUACAUACAGUAUA